AAUGUUUCUGUCCAGGACUGAUGUAACAUAUUGAACAGCAGCCUUUGUGGAAAAAAUGUCCUACUGUACCAAAGAGAGAGCUUGCUCAGAUUUGGCAAAGCCUCCAGUAAAUGAACCAAGGGAACCGGAACAGUUUCUGAUGCAGACGCCCCAGGGAAAUCCACUGCUGCUUUCCCACACCCUACAAGAGCUAUUGAGCAAGGAUAGUGUGCAGGUGGAGCUUAUACCUGAGAAGAAGGGCCUUUUUCUGAAACAUGUGGAAUAUGAGGUUUCCAGCAAGCGGUUCAAGUGCUCCGUGUACAGGCGAUACAACGACUUUGUGGUGUUCCACGAGAUGCUGCUGCAGAAGUUCCCCUAUCGUAUGGUGCCAGCACUGCCCCCAAAGAGGAUGCUGGGAGCUGAUCGUGAGUUCAUAGAAUCGAGGAGGAGAGCGCUGAAGCGAUUUAUAAACCUGGUGGCUCGACAUCCCCCUUUCUCAGAAGAUGUGCUCUUGAAACUCUUUCUGUCCUUCAGUGGCUCAGAUGUACAGAAUAAACUAAGGGAGUUGGUCCAGGGAGUAGGAGAUGAAUUUGUGACUUGCAGAUUAGCUACCCAGGCCAAGGACUUCCUCCCAGCUGACAUUCAGGCCCAGUUUGCUGCCAGCAGGGAGCUGAUCAGGAAUAUUUAUAACAGCUUUUACAAGCUGCGGGACCGUGCGGAGAGGAUCGCUGCCCGGGCCAUCGAUAACGCCUCCGACCUCCUCAUAUUUGGGAAGGAGCUGAGUGCUUUGGGCUCAGACACUACCCCACUUCCUUCCUGGGCUGCUUUGAAUAACAACACAUGGGGGACUCUGAAACAAGCCUUGAAGGGUCUGUCUGUUGAAUUUGCACUUCUGGCAGAUAAGGCUGUGCAGCAGGGUAAACAGGAAGAGAAUGAUGUGGUGGAGAAGUUGAACCUUUUCCUGGAUUUACUCCAGUCCUAUAAAGACCUGUGUGAAAGGCACGAGAAGGGGGUGUUGCACAAGCACCAGCGAGCAUUGCACAAGUACAGCAUGAUGAAGAGGCAGAUGAUGAGUGCCACUGUGCAGAACAAAGAGCCAGAAUCUGUGGAGCAGCUGGAGUCCCGGAUUGUGGAGCAAGAAAACGCCAUCAUAACCAUGGAGCUGCGGAAUUACUUCUCCCUGUAUUGCCUGCAUCAGGAGACACAGCUCAUCCACAUCUACCUGCCUCUCACAUCUCACAUUCUGGGGGCCUUUGUCAACUCCCAGAUUCAGGGUCACAAAGAGAUGAGUAAAGUUUGGAAUGAAUUGAAGCCGAAGUUGAGCUGCCUUUUCGUGGGAUCCAGCAGUAUGCCAACUCCACCACUGUCACCUCCAGAGGGAAACUUCUUUUCCAGUUAAUGUUCUCAGCAUCCCACAUGGAGCAAGAAGGGCAAUCAACGAAGGGGUGGGACCUCUACCUCCAAUGAAUCCUCCAAACAGCUUUUUUUUUUUUUUUAAUAUUGCUGCUUUGAGCUGCUCUCUGAUUUAGACUGGAUGUGGGGCAGAACAUACGGAUAUAGAGACAAUUUUGUAAUUUUGCAAUGCCCUGGGGCAGAGCUGAUGUUCAUUUUCCUGCAGACACCCCUCAUGGGGCUGGGACAUGGCCUGGCACAGCGAGUGCUGCAGCGUUGUUGCUGAGGCCUCUGCAUCUUGUACUAACAGUCCUCCAAUCAUGUUUAUCUGCAGCUGUGCUGACACAUCUCUGCACGUCUCUGAAGUGCUGAGAUGAACAGGAUAGCUGAAGCACUUGCUUGUAGUGGAGAUAAAUUGCUUUUUAUGCCUUGGAGGGCCUGCGUCAGGGAUGUGUGUGCAUAGGGAAAGCUGAAAGCCAUCCCCCAUCCCAUUGUAGGUGUCUGGAUUUGAUUUCUUACUGCUAGACCUUAGCACAAAAUGAAUGAAGUGGUUGGAUUUUGUAACCCAGCUGGGCAGGGGUCAGUGCUGCUGUGUGACAGGGAUGUGUGCUGGAUGGACUGGAUUGUCAGUGCGUUUCCCUUCACGGUUGCAGGGCAGCCUGGGGACUUGCUCGUGUUUUUCAGUUUGGGGCCAAAGACAGCUGGGUUCAGGAACUCAGAGGAGUUUGCCUGGCAUAAAUGGGAAAAUAAUUGAUGAAAACACUCCUUAAUUGUGAAUCACUUGUACUACAGGAGCAGAACAGCUACAAGGUAGCUCGUUUAUGUCCUCGGGAGGUUCUGCCCUCCAUCUGGUGAGUAGCUGUUCAGAUCUGUUGGAGAGCUGCUGACCUGAGGGCUAGGCUGGUGUUUUCUUUGGUGUAAUAUCAGAAGUAUCCUGUUGCACCAGCAGUGCUGAUAAAGUUCAUUAGCCAAAAUUCAGUAUUAUCAGGAUGUUACUGCCAUUCUUCCUGGCUGUGGGUAGCACUGCAGUGUUUGUUUGUGAAGGAGAGUAGACAAUUAAGUGAAAGUUCUCAUCUCUGAAAACACCACAGCCCUUGGUAAUGGGGUUUUCAAAACGGUUUGUGGUUGUGAUGAAGGGACUGAACACUCUCCACUUUGCAUCUCCAGUGGCUUUCCCUCGGAGGCAAAGGGGGAGAAUGUGCAUGUUGAGCUCCCUCUGGGGAAAUGGUGCACAUCCUCCAGAGCAACUGAUAAUCAAACUGCAAACGUCUGCAGCAAAACUCUGUGAGCAGGGCUCCCUGAACUGACUUCUCUGGGGCCAAAAUAGUUUCCAAAGGGGAAUUUGUGACUUGGCUUCUUAGCAUUUUCCUUGAAUGGGUAAAAAUGGAAGCACAUUAACAAGGAUGAGUGCUUGCUGUUAAAUUGGGGCCAUUACAGUAUUUUCCCACUGGGGAACUCCCCCAUUGUCAGGAAGUGUAUUUAAAUCCUCCAAUCACAAAAGCUUUUUUGGUGGUUUUUUUUUUUUUUUUAUUUCAAAAUUUCAGUGCAACAUGAAACUCUUCCUAGCCCAGGUGGAAAUACUGUAUUAGUUUCCUCAGCUAGGAGCAAGAUAAGUUGUUUUCCCAGAUUCAGGAGACUGAAUAACCAUUACUCACAUUCCUCAGAAUGGAGUAAAUACACUGCUGUCAGUGAAUUCCUUGAGUGCUGGGCCUUAAACAGUGUGUAGCCAACCUUGCACAGAAUGCACUAAGAGCUUUUUCCAACAAUUCAAUGUUAACUCACUUUCCUCCUGCUCAUGGGCCUUGUCCAGUGAGACAGAUGAGCUGCAAAUGGCUGUGACAGAUUUGAUUCUCUCUCGGAGAUUUCCUAAGUGAUGCAGAAGAAAUUCUGCUUACAAGCUGGAGCAAACUGUCAGGGGAAGGAAAUGUUUCUACAGUCCAGUUACAGAGAAGAUAUAAUCUCAGACAUGGCACAACAGGUUUUUCUGCUUGACCUUGUCUUGAUUAGGAAGAUGGUUUGUGGUUCAAGUGUGGAAAGUGUGUUACCAGACUUUUCCAUGCUCUUCACUCCUGCCAUUAUCAGAAGGUGCUGGCUGGUUAUAGCUGGCUUAGUCUCAGCACCCAUCCUCCCUCAUUUAUCUUUGUUUGCCUGAUGUGGUGAACAGUGAAAUUGAAAAAAUACUGUAUGUUUUGGGGUAAGAUCUUAUAAUUUAUGAUGGAUCUCAUAUGUUACUUGUUUGACUGGGAAGUGUUCUAUAGGAGUGCUUGCAAAGGACUAGCCUGAAUGGAACUUUGCAGUUCUCACUUUUAGAAAAAAAAUUACAAUUUGGAACUUGAUUAAAAAACAAAAAACAACCCCCCAAAAAGCAAUCAUCAAAGUGAUACUAGGGCUUUAGACUAACUCCUCUUUCCUGUUCAUCUUUAAGCACAAAUUGUACAGUCCUAGUGCAGAGACUGUAACAAUGAUAGAGACACCACAGGACCUAUAAAGAAACUGAAAUUAUGUUGUUUUGAGAAACAUCCCCUUCCUCCAUUGUCAGCCUUUGUGUCUUUGAGGAGAUUUUUAGGGGUGGGCUUUUCUUGUUUUGGUUUUACUCUUCACCAGGUAUUUGAGAACUGAGGCCCAGUGUUCUCAAAGCUGAUCCAGCUGCUGGCACUUUUAUUUCAUUCUGGACUGUCAAGCUUCUCUCUCAUUCCUAAACACAUGCAGACACUAUUACAUACAACCUUAGUUUGCAAACCUUUCUUCUGGGAGACUGGUCAGUGUGCAAAUAGCACUGUUUGUUUAUCUCAAUGUGUGAGGGAUUUCCUUACUGUCUUUGUUACUUACGGAUCUGUCAGACUUGGAGGGCAGCAUCAAGCACAGCUUCCUUCCUCCAGAGGGAAGCAGCAGGGACUCCAAGGAUCCAUCAAGCUGACUUCAUCUGUCUGUCUGCCCUAGCCAAUGUGGGAAAACAGUUGUAGUUAACCUCCAUGCUCUUGCCUUCUGCAGUAAACACUAACCAAGCCAGACAAAUUGAGGAGCGUGUGCUGCCUAUCUGAGAUCUGAUGCUACUGUAAGAUGCAGUGCCAAAGUGUUAAUGUGCUUUUGUGAAUGGAAACUUCUCUGUGUGUGCUUGAGGUCAGGGGACCUUCAUGUGCUCAAAGGAGUGAUGAUUCCUUCUUUCCCUCUCCUUUCAUCUUCCUGGCAAGUUGCUCCUCCUAAGUCAUAACAUGUUCAGUGGUGCCUUGCUACAUUCCAGUGCUUUUAAUUCUCCUUUAACCAUGCAAGGGUGAAAUUCCUGGAAUUUGUAACAGGCUAAUUUACACUUCACUUUGUGCUGUUUACUAAAAGACAAAGGUAUCAGCUGGGUACAGAAUUUACUUAAACCAUGUCAGUCUCAGGGCAGCAGGACAAGUAACAUCCCAGCUCUUUGACAUGAGCUAAAAAUUGGGGUUGGGGAAAGCACCUUUCUGAAAGGACUCACCUGUCUGCACACAGGGGAUAGCAGAGGAGUGCAAGCCUGAGCCAUGCUUGUUCUUUUCCUACCCAAACUCCUGGAGGAACAGAAAGUAAUUCUGUGUGAUUGUCACCUGCUGUCUCUCACCCAGCAAUUUAGUUUCCACCAGGAAAUAAACCAUGGUAUUUAACAGGUAUUGGCUGCCAGUUAUUCCCUUUCCUACCAUGCAGUAAGGUCCUACACUCUGUAAAAGCUGCCUGUCCUUUUAAGGGGUGCUAAUUCUAUUUGCCCCAAGCCAUUCUGUCUGUUAGAGCAGCCAGGGACCCUCACUGCCAAGUCAGAAGCAGGGAUGGGUAUCAAAACCUCUGUAAGUAAGUGUGCAGCACAAAAGGAAAAGUAAGGUUUUAAGGUGUUAAUUCAUCCUUCUAAUUCUGAGCUGUGGCUUGCUGAGCAAGAUGAAGAAAGAUGUUUUUGAGCAGUAGAAGUAUUUCCAAACUGCUGGAAGGAGA